AUGGAGCCUUCCGCCGUGAGAGCAACGCCACGCUCUCUUCCACGGUCGCUGUGUGCAUUCUGUUGGAAUCGCUAUGUCUUCAGAUCGAAGUUUCGGCCUCUGCGGGGGUCGCCACACCCCUCCUCCGGAUCAUCCAGCUUCUUCACAACGAGUUCCCGUCGUGUUGCGACGACGACCACGCCUCUCGGCAAGGAUGAGGACCCCGCAAUAGGAUUAGAUCCUCCGCAGGCCUAUCCAUUGUCUGGCUAUUAUUCGGACCUUCUGUCCGCGCGUUUUCCAGGCGCCGGUCGUGCUCGUGCUACCAGGAAGGUCGCCCCUCAAGAGCAAGACCAGCCACAUCCGACUCCAGCCUCAACGACCGAACCGCAGUCUCCGGAGGAUAAGAUGUCAAUCGUCUUCGGCUCUCGUCUUGCUGGUCCGGGCUACCAUAACCCGUCGACGAUGCCUCCAGAAUCGACCUGGAAGACGAUCAAUGGCGUCGCCAUUCCUCCCCGACCCGUCGAACCGGAUAAUUGCUGCAUGAGCGGCUGCGCCCACUGUGUCUGGGAUGAUUACCGGGACGAGAUGGAAGCCUGGGCUGCGCGGGUUCAGGAAGCGCAGGCCAAAGCGGCGGAGUCCCGCCCCAGUCCGGACAUGCGUCAAAGCCCUCGGCCUGAAGUACACAGUGCCAGUAUGAGCAUGGAUGAUGACGGAGGGGGCAGUGAAACGAACUGGUCAAUGCCUUCUCCGGCGGGCGACAUUGACGACGACCUCUUCGCCGGUAUCCCUGUGGGCAUUAGAGAAUUCAUGAAGACGGAGAAGAAAUUGCGCGAGAAGCACCGCAAAGAAAGAGAAAAGAGCCAGGCGUGA